CACACGUCGUUACCCACUUUGCCCUUUGACUCUUUCUCUUUCUCUUCAUCAAAGAACCAAAACCAUUGCUCUAUAAAAUCUCAAAUUUCCAUUUCCAUUGAUCUAAAAACCCACAUUUGGAUCGGAUCACUUUUUCAUUAUUGAAUAAACCCACAAAUAAUUUGUCGAAAAUGCAUGAUUUUUGCUUCACAAUCCCAUAUGGGUUGCUUCUUGUAGUGGGUGGUUUAAUCGGUUUUGCCAAAAAGGGUAGUUUAGCUUCGCUUGGUGGUGGUGCUGGAGCUGGUUUAUUGCUCAUUUUAGCUGGUUAUUUGAGCCUUAAUGCUUUUAAGAAGAACAAAAAUUCAUACUUUGCUCUUAUUCUUGAGACGGUUACCGCAACUGGACUCACAUAUGUCAUGGGACAACGCUAUAUGGAAACCUCAAAGAUAAUGCCUGCCGGGGUUAUUGCUGGGAUCAGUGCUUUCAUGACCGCCUUCUAUGUAUACAAGGUAGCAACGGGUGGCAACCAUUUUCCAUCCAAGGCUAAAUAGAGAUUCGUCGCCAAUUUUACCCGCCAGUUUACUGUUCCACACCCUACAAUGCAUUUCCGCUGCAUAAGAUUUAUAUUAUAUAUUCUAGAAGAUUGAUUCGUGUAGAGAAGAGAAAUUAACUUUUGAUUGUUUUCUCCCUUGUAAAAGUUCUUGUAAAACCUUGUAAUGUGUGUGUCUGAGAUACUAAUUCUCCAUAGAAAUGUAUUUGAUGAUUGCCUAC